ACGCCAUCCGCCAUGGUGAAUUGUGAAAGUUUGUAUGUUCUUGUGCCGGUUUCCAUCUUAACCUUGCUUGUGUUGUGGUAUUUUCUAAAAUUGAUGCUUCCAAAACCGCUAGUAAGCGACUUCAAAAACAAGUUUGUUCUGAUCACUGGCUGCGACUCGGGUUUUGGAAGGAUGUCUGCUAUUCGCUUAGACAAGAUGGGAUUCCRUGUGAUUGGUACUUGCCUGACAAAAGAAGGCAAAGAAAGCCUUGAAUCAGUUUGUAGUGAUCGUUUGAUUGGUAUGUUAAUGAACGUGACUGACUCCAARCAGAUUCAUGAYGUCUUUGUCAAGGUGAAGGAUAUUGUUGGAGGAAAAGGUCUAUGGGCACUUGURAACAAUGCCGGAAUAUUACUGUCCGUUGGUCCAUUAGAAUGGUACAAAAUGGACGCCUUCAGAAAAAUGGCCGAUGUGAACCUCUGGGGGUUGAUAGAAGUGACUAAAACAUUUCURCCAUUGGUGAAGAAGGCUGAAGGACGGAUUGUUAACGUUUCAAGCAUUUUAGGUUUUGUGUCAUGGUCCUUACUGGCACCCUACAAUAUUACCAAAUAUGGUGUGGAAGCAUUCUCUGACACUUUGCGCCGUGAGAUGAAAAGAUGGAAAGUCAAAGUGUGCAUUAUUGAACCACAGGUUUUUAAAACCGCAUUACUGGAUGGAAUGCUUGAUAAGAUAGAUCGUUUGUGGGAUAGCGUAGAUGAUGAGAUGAAAACAGAAUAUCGAGAACUCUAUUCUCAAUUGSGAAGUAAAGACAGACGACCGUCYUUAACGAAAGCUGCAAGCCCUAACGUUCAUCUGGUGAUUGAAGCUAUUGUUGAUGCAGUUACAAGUGUUAAUCCAUCGCCACGAUAUCUUGUCGGUCUCUUUKCUAAAUAUUUUGCCUUUCUAUUCCAUUUGCCGACAUUUAUACAGGAUAAAUGCAUUUAAUUGAAAUGUCCAUGAUCGUUAAACAUGGCUAAACAUGUUAAACUCUCUUGUCAAAAGCGUUGUUGGAGCGUCUCAAAGGGGCCAUUUUGCAUGACCAUGCGCGAGCAGCUGUAUUGUCGCAUUGUUACUUGUAGGCUCACAACAGGCUACCCGCUCAUUCAUUUGUUACACGACGGCGAAAAGUUAUCGUGCAUUCCUUUAUUUCUCUAUAUUUUCGGUUCCAUCGUUAUUUGCGAGCGUAAUAAAGAAAUUGAAAAUGUAAUAAAGUAUGCAACAACGGCAAUACAAAAAACAAAUUAAAAAGAAAUUAUCGAUCUGCAAUAACAUAGCUAAAAGACCUAGUUUGUAACAAACGUCUAAGAGUAGAUGCGCGUAUUUGUGGCGCUUGAUAAAACAUAAAGCAUAAUUAUCAGGGACUGAGGAGCAUUCGAGUUCGGAUAGCAUUUGAAAAAUUAGCGGAUUCCAUCAAAAAAACGUUAAUACUAUUUCAAAAUUUGUUUUCUGAGCAAUAUAUUGGGGAGCUAUAGCCCCCUUCCCCACCUGUUUUAUACUAGAAGAUCAGAUGACAAUACAUGAAAUCAAAAGAAAUGUUGCAGAUUUGUUGUACUCGAUGUUACAUGCAGUAAAGCACUGUGUGAAGAUUACAUUAUUUCCAGGGAGGGGUGUUGGGCACUCAGCAAGGGAGCUCGCCAAGAAACCAUGACAAAGGAGACACAAAUAAAAGGAAGCAUACUAAAUCUCGAAGGGGCGAGGGGGUUAUUGCAAACUCCCUUAGCUCACCAGCUGAAUUAGCCCCUGUCUGUAGCUAAAAACAAGCUUUAACAAGUGGAUAUGAGUUUUAUUUCAUAUUUAUGACAGGCAAAACAGAGCAUCAUAUGGUACAAUAUUGCAAAUUUACCAACCUUAGCCAAUUUUUUAAGAAAUUCAAAUUUGAUAUAUCAGAAGCAAAGAAACAAAGGA